CGAACAUGUGGUAUUAAAAUUUGAUCUACCACUCAGACAGCUGCAGGCUGGAUGUAUCGAUUGUUGUAUAGUAUAUAUGGGCCACAAAGAUCAGCGAGAUGACUUAAAAGAAGCUCUCCGGAAGAGGGAUGAACAGAUUACCUGCCUGGAGGCUCGGGUAGACGCCUAUAUUGCUCGAACAUCAGAGACGCAGGCUCGCCUUCUCAAAACUAUCGACACUGUCGAUUCUCUGAAGGCUCAACAUGUAACCGACUUGGAGGCGAAAGAACGCGAGAGGGUAAACUUGUCCCAUGAAAUUGAACGUUGGAGAACCUUUGCGAAGUGCCUCGAAGUUGAGCGAGAUGAUCUCAAAAAUGUCGUCGAGGACUUGAUUCAGAAAGUCCAGAUGUCCAGUGAUUGGAGCAUGUGGCCUUGCAGUCGCAUGGAUAUAACAAAACAUCCAUAUCAACUCGCUGAGAACUAUUCUAAACCCAGUGACACAAGCUGCAGGGAUUCUGAGGUUCUGUUGGAGUACGGUGUUUCUCUUAUAAACAGGCUGCGUGUCGAGCUUGACCACGAGCGCAAAGCACACUGCAAGGUUGUGGAAGAAGCCAACCUCCGUAUCUCUGAACUGGAAGCUAAAGUUGCUGCACGCGAGCUCGUAUUAGAAGCAUCAAUUCGACACCAUCAAGAGAGGGAUAAGUCACCGCUGGGCCGUUCUCGAACUCCCGAAAGCCCAAUACCACCUCCAAAACCAAUGACCGAUGAAGACUGUCUCCGUGUAUUGGCAGAUAGCAACACUAGAAAUAAAUCUCUUGAGAUUGAAAUACGGAGUUUGACACAAAAACUUGAGCGUGCGCGGGGCUCCGCGGCUUCACCUGUAUGCAUUUCAGCAGAUGCAACCCCCGUUGUUAGCCCCUCGUCACCGCCGAGAAUUGUUUCUCUCGAUCACCCACACCAGCCAGCCAUCCCCAGGAAACCUCUAACGAAUGAUAACGAAACCCAUUUCACACCGACAGUGCAUGCAGUAUCCAACCUACCGGCUGACUCACAUGUAGUCACACGACCAUCAUCUCACAAUAGCCCCAUAAGCUCAUCUGAUUCUGCAUCACAACGCUCUAUUGCGCAGCUGGAUGAUCAGAUUAACUCAUACGCCACCCAGCUUGAUGCCUUUAAAGCGGAGAGGAAGAUACUGGUUGAGGUGGCCGUAAGGAAACGCAGAGCAUCGGAUGGAGGGGAACCUCCCGAUUUCCCACAAAUCCUAGUUAUCGAGGAGGAAUGCGUGAGGCUUACCUCUCAGGUCUCGCAUUUGGAACAAGAACUUCAGCAUAGUCGAAGUUCUGCCAAGUCCCGCGAACACGAGUUGCUAAAGGAAAUUGACGCUCUCAAGCUGUUAUUGCAUCAGCGGUCACCAAAUCUUUAUCAUGCACACGACGUUCAGCAUUUGGAUGAUGGUAUAGAUAUAGAACAAAACAUGGAACUGGGGACACCUUUACAGCCUACCGCUAUUCUGUCAUGGAACGAUCCUGGUUUUACAUCAUUUCCUAAGGACCCGCUCCUCAUUCCGCUCCCUUUCUCACCUGAAAGAAAUUCAUCCCCUAUUAUCUCAUCCUCUCGUCCACCACUACGCCCUUCCAGCCCCCAUCCUGUAAAGCUCAGGCGACUUGAAGAGGGAAUGGAGGUAGCCAUGGCUCAACUGGCCGCGAAGCAGCUGGCCCUCGAUCAGCUCAAAAUCGAUAUGGAGGAACUCCAACACUUACUAUCAGAGGAACCGCCGUGAUCUCAAGGAUGAAAUGUAUUACCAUGUACUCUUUUCGAUUUUGCCCUCUCGCGCACACAUAUAUUGGUAUUUAAUGAGGCUCCAUGCUUAUCUAUUGAUAUUUCUGCUGUAUGUAUCUUGUAUCUGUAUGACCGAGCAGCACUGGUAUACUGUAUUUUACGCUACCUCAAUCUGUCAUUGACCCUCUGCUAU